AUGGAGCCAUCCCAGAACUUGGCCGACCAGGAGCCAAACAGCGGAAAAGCGACCGUCGAAGACGUGUGGAACUACAAGUUUGAAGGGGCGGCUUGGGAUGCCUCCGCCCUCGCUGGUCUCGGCAUCUUCUCGUCGCAGGAGUCAAUGUUGAUCGUUUUUUGCGGCACCUUCUCCCUGCUGCUGCAAACGGUUUUUGCGAUAAUCCUGUACGAGAACAUGAUUGAGAACAUCUUCACAGAUCAGCUCGUCCAAGAGCUUCGAGACUGGCGUGUCCUUUUCGGCCACAGCAGUGAAUUCGUGGACUCCAUCACCGGCGAGCCUCUCAUGGUCGGGCUGUGCAGUGGCUCACAGUCUUUGAUGGAUGGACGAGCGCAAGCGGAGAUAUACCAGAGUGUGGUGUCCUACGGCGUUCGGGUGCAGGACGAUGCGAGCUCGCCUGCUUCGCUUCCGGCGGGUGCGUGGCUGGCUUUGCUAGCGCUCCUUGUCUGGACUGCCACGGUCACCAACGAGCUUCUCUCUAUCGUGUCCCUAACUUGGGCAAUGAUCUCUCUUUCAGCAGACAAGACAGAGUUGGAUGCAGAGAACUUGUCACUGAAGCGGAUCAGCCGCUGCCGCUCAGUGAUGCUGAUCCUAACAUCUGCCACGAGACUCAUCAUUGCAGCAAUGCUGGGAGUGACAGGAAUCCGAUACCUUGCGGCCACGGCAUCUGUCUCGGAGCUGAUCCUCAAUACGGUGGCAUUGGAGGUCGUUCUCCAUGUGGAUGACGUGUUCUUUACCCUGCUCAUGCCCCACAAGGUGUUGUCGGCCGUGGAUCGUAUGGAGGAGAUCACUGUCAAUCUGGCACGGCCCUGGAUGUCCUGCCUGAGACAUUUUGGCAUAGUUGCAUUCAUUGCAGUCGUGGUGCUUUUUUCGCACCUCGUCUUUCUGCAGCCCAUGGUGGACAGGAUGCAGGAGACCGCAGAUGUGCUGUGCGGCGGGAACACGUCCUUUAGUUUUUUCAAGGAUGCGGCCGGCUUUGUGUUCAUGCGGGACUACAGUGCAUCAUCAUCUGUGCAGAGCGAGACGUACGCCUAUCGUGCUGUUUUUGAAGCCACUGGCCUAAAGGGCUCUCGAGAUCUGCAGCCUUCGGCAAUUCGUGUUUCCAGCGACGUGCUGAAGCAGGUCAUUGUGGAGUUCGAGGGUCGGAACUUUGAAAGCCGUAACGACUUCAUGCCAGUCUGCCUGGACAGCGACCACCCAAUUCUGGAGAGCUCUGGUUUGCAAAACUUCGGUGGAGCGGCGGUCCAGCUCUUGCAGGAGAUUUUCCAGACUGAUCAUUUGGACUCCUGCACAUCUGCAGAAGCCUAUUGCGACGACUGGUCAUACCUGGCCUAUAACCUGUGGAGGAUCCGCGCUUUGUGCCCUACAACCUGCGGUUGCAAAGAAGCGCUGACAGGGAGUUUGGUUGCCGUCUCAUCGAAGUACGGCUGUCCUGUGGUUUGCAGCUCAGACUAUCGCCAGAGCCUUCAGCAGCGGAACUGCAGCGAUGCAGAACCAGGCAGUGCGAUGCUUACAAACUACAUGCGAUCCUUGGCAGAACUGCGAAACGGCACACUGGACACCGAGACCUGCGAGGCAUUUCUCGCGCCCGUUGAUUUCGACGGGCUGGCCUACGACAUGUGUGCUGACCACGAGGCUUUGUACGGUUCGGGCUAUGCAUCCGCUCGCUCUGUUUGUCCCAUCACCUGCGGCUGCAAUGCUGUGCCCGACCGUCCCGGAUGUCCACCGCGCUGUGUGCAUCCGUGA